AUGGAAAUCUUUCAAGUCACUAAGGAUAGGAUGGUGCAAAGUUUCAAGAAAUUGACACCAUUUUUUGUUGUAAUCUUGAUAGCACUUCCUUUCGUUCUCAUGAACUCAAAAUCAAGCUUCUCUUUCUUUCAAGAGUUUACAAAAGAGAAGAUGCUACAACUUGUUGGAGAAAAUAAAAAUGGUCACAACAAUACAAAUGUUACAACAACCAAUGGAGGAUCAGUUCAUAAUAUAUCAUAUCACAACAUCAAUGGAAGCUACAACAAUGUCGAAAAUGACACCAAAUCAAAGGUACAAGGAAAAAUUCAAAAUGGUAGUGCAACAGGUGAAGGAAAAGCAGCUACAACAAUAGGUUUGAAAAAUGACUCAUUGACAGGUUCCACAAAUAACAAAGAGAAAUUUCUUGAUGGACUUGUAGCUUCUGGGGUUGAUGAACCAUCAUGCAUGAGUAGGCAUCAAUCUCAUUUAUACCGCAAAGCUUCGCCUCAUAAACCUUCUUGGCAUUUGAUAUCGAAACUACGAAAGUAUGAAGAAAUUCAUAGAAGGUGUGGACCUAAUAGUAAAGCUUACCAGAAAAGCAUGAAAGAGAUUCUACAUUCCAAGAGCAUUAAGAGUGAUUCUGCAAAGUGCAAAUAUCUUAUUUGGACACCUGCUAAUGGUUUAGGGAACCAAAUGAUUAGCAUGGCUGCAACAUUUCUUUAUGCUCUCCUUACAGACCGCGUUAUGCUCGUAAGAUUCGGGAAAGACAAACAAGGUCUAUUUUGCGAGCCGUUUCUGAACUCAACUUGGUUGUUACCUGAGAAUUCUCCAUUUUGGAGUGAUAAUCAUGUUGAAACAUAUGAAAGCUUGGUAGAGAAGGAAAAAGCUAACAAUAAUUCAAAACUGGAUUUGCCAUCAGCACUAUUUCUCAAUCUACAAUACCAACAGAAUUAUCAUGACAAGUUUUUUCAUUGUGAUGAUAAACAAGCUCUUCUCAUUAAGGUUCCUCUGUUGAUUUUGCAAUCAGAUCAAUAUUUUGUACCUUCUCUUUUCAUGACACCUUUGUUCAACGAGGAACUUGAGAAAAUGUUGGUGGAAAAGGAUGCGGUUUUUCACCAUCUGGGACGCUACCUUUUCCACCCUUCAAAUUCGGCGUGGAGACUAAUCACAAAAUUCUAUCACCAACACUUGGCUAAAGCAGAUGAGAAAAUAGGCCUUCAGAUAAGAGUUUUUAAUCCUAGUAAGACUCCACAACAAGCAAUUAUGAAUCUAGUUUUGAAUUGCACACUCGAAAAUAAGCUUCUUCCAAAUGUAAUUGAUAUGAAUAUUAGUAACUCAGUGUAUCCUAGUGGCAUAAACAAGACGAUUACGAAGGCUGUUCUGGUGACGUCUUUAUAUCCAGAAUACGGUGAGAAUUUAAAGAUGAUGUAUAUGAAUAAAUCAACGGUUACCGGAGAAUUAAUUGAAGUUUAUCAACCGAGCGGUGAAGAGAAACAGAAAUUUAACGAUAAUACGCAUAAUAUGAAGGCUUUGGUUGAUAUGUACUUACUAAGUUUAUCUGAUGUGUUGGUUACUACUUCUUUGUCUACAUUUGGUUAUGUUGCUCAAGGUUUUGGAAAUUUGAAGCCAUGGCUUCUAUACAGGCUAGGAGGCAAUAAGAGUCAUUAUCCAGCUUGUGAAAGAGAGUUCUCAAUGGAGCCUUGUUAUCAUUAUCCUCCUAAGAAUUUUUGUAGUGGAAAGGCUAUACAUGAUUUUGCUUCUUCUCUCAUUUAUAUGAGGCAAUGUAAGGAUUAUAGUUCUGGUGUAAAGAUGGUUAAUGAUUUUUGA